CCGAUCAGUCGAGCCCAUCAACCAAUCAGGGUGAAGAUAACGGAAGGCUCUUUUGUCCGCUGAGAUGUCGCCUUCACGCAUGCGCACAGAGACCUGGAGCAGGUUUAAACAUGGAUCCCGAGAUUACACCAAAGAAUGAAACUGAAGACAAACCAACCAGCGUUUUCCAGGACAAUCUGCAGAACUUGGACUCUGAUACCAACACAACAGAGCCUGUUUGUCCAGGUGGAUGUAAAUCACCCAGUUUAAAAGAAGAAGAGGAAAAAGAUAAGACUCGGCAUUCACAGCGAAAACUAAGGUGGCAGAAGCAUAGUAAACGAAAAUCCGUCACUCUAAGUUCUACAGAGUCCGAAGGCUCUAAGGAUAUAGAUAUCACAGAUGAGAACAUAAGUUCUCCAGAGGAAGGAACAGAAAGCCAAAAUGAAGACAAUGAGAAGAGGAACCGCAGCAAUCUUCGGCUACGCAAAUCCACAGUGAAGUCAAAAUUAAAGUGCAGAAAACAUAACAAAGAUUCUCCAGAGCUCUCAAAGUUAACAAUCCAUUAUACACCUUACAAAGUACAGAAGACCUACAUAUGCACCGAAUGUGGUCGGAGCUGUAUCUCAAGUUCACAUCUCAUUAUACAUCAGAGAUCCCACACUGGGGAACGACCAUUCUCUUGUAACGACUGUGGUAAAAGUUUUGCCAGAAAGUCAUCUCUAGUCAUACAUGAGAGGAUCCACACAGGAGAAAGACCAUAUACUUGCACACAUUGCGGGAAGAGCUUCACUAGCAGUGCUACUCUGUCUACUCAUAUCAGGAUCCACACAGGAGAAAGGCCUUACGUCUGCUGGGAAUGCGGGAAAAGUUUCACUAGCAACUCCUCGCUGUUUAUACAUAACAGGACACACACGGGAGAGAAGCCAUAUAUAUGUGGCGAAUGUGGCAAGACGUUUUCAUGUACAUCUGCUCUGGUCAUACACAAGAGGUCUCAUACAGGAGAGAAGCCUUUCACGUGUGAAGAAUGUGGUAAAAGCUUUGCUGAUAACUCUAGGCUUGUAAAACAUAAAGCAGCACAUACAGGCGAUUGGGCGUUUAUUUGCACUGUAUGUGGGAAAGGAUUCACUUGUUACUCCAAUCUUAAUGUGCACCAGAGAUCACACACUGGAGAGAGGCCAUACGCAUGCAACAAGUGUGAUAAGAGAUUUGCCCUCAAUAGGGAUCUUGUCCGGCACCAGACAACACACACUGGAGAAAGGCCGUAUGCAUGCUCUGAGUGCGGAAAAUGCUUCACUCGUAAAGCUCAUCUUACCACACAUGUCAAAAUCCACGCUAGGCUAAAGACAGUUAAGGUUCCUGAAUAAACAAAAUCAAGGGUCUUUUCCUACAGAAUUCAACUGACUGGUCUUUUUGCCAGGAGUUGCGUGGAAAAUGUGACAAAGGCUCUUCAACGUUCCAAUUUCUUAUUCUUGUGGAAAACUGUAUGGGGCAUAAUGUCAGUAUUGAGAAUACAUGCUGCAUGGCUCUUUCACGAAAAGUAAUAGCCAACAUUAAGUAAUACAGUAUGCAACACUUAGAGACUGUAGCUUACUAUGUAUUAUUACGUUUUAUUAACUAUACAUCUAUGUAUAUUCUAUUGUACAACUUGUUUAACCCUUAUUUAUGGUUUAUUAUUUUUCAGAAAUGUAGAGAAAAAAUCUGUUUCAGCUACUGGUUGAGUCUCCCAUAUCCAAAAUACAAAAUAUUCUGAAAUACAUAAAUGUUUUUGAGCAUGACUGAGGUAGGGCACCUUUACUUUCUGAUGGUUCAAAAUACACAAAGUUUGUUUCAUGCACAAAAUUAUUGAAAAUCCCUACUAAUUGUGACUAAUCUGGGGUAAUUAACUUGGUAGAGGGGUGCGGUGUGUAGGUGCUUAAUCAUGUUCAUUACACAGCUUUACAUGUACAUAAAUGAAAGUAAUACUUUACUGGCAGCAUACAUGAAACAUAAACAACAAACAGCUUAGCCCGUAUGCAGGGCACUAAUUCACUUCUUUGCCACUCACUACACUUGGGCAGCUAGUCUGCAAACAAAGUCUUCUCAAAGUCUCAGUCCUGUCUCUUACAAAUAUAUCCCCAGGGUCCGGCUUGACUUGGCUGCAACAACUGCUCACAUACAGUCUCAGAAAUUUUGGUCCCUCCCUGCCUGCUGCAAGUAAGUACACUGCCUGGCUUGCCUUCUCACACUCAAUGCCCACUGGCCUGCCUUCUUCUCUGCAACAUACGAUCAGUCACAUAUUGCUGGUCUUCUUUGCUUCCUGCAGGUGUAGAUGCUGGCUUCCUGGCACACUGGGACUCUUUGCAGACUGACUGGCUUUUACAGUCCCACCUGGGAUGGACACACAGCAGCCUCACCUGACUGCAGCAGUCUUUCCCAGACUAACUACACUCUGCCUCCAUUACAGAUGUGUCCUCUUACAUCCUUGCUGCAGUCACAUUAAACAGCACUUCUAGUCACGCCAUGCCAUGGGGUGACUCUGUAUCACCGAGCGUAUUUAUGUGCAACUUUUUCCAUGUAAAUGCAUCUAGGUCGCAUUGCUAUGCAAAUAGUUUGCACAAGCAGCUUA